GGGGUGGCUGAACGAACCAGAGGUAACUCAUUUCCUGGUUUUAGGACUACAAGCUCUAAGAACAGAAGGGUAAUGCUAGAAGGGAUCCAGCUUUUGUCAGAAUUGACUUUUCGAAGCAGGUUUAGGAGAAUUUACGCAGAAGGUUAGGAGAGUAAACGUGACAGGUUAUGAGAAUUAGGAAAAGAGUUCGGGUUAGCUAAAAUGCAAAAAAAGUAUCUACUUUUGACCUACAUUUGACAAAAGCUGGAUCCCUUCUAGGCAUGACCGAAAAGAAAACGAUAGGAAGUCAUAUCAUCUGGAAGGUAAAACGAAAUCCAUCAUCUGGAAGGAUUUUGGCAGAGACAGACGAACUCGCGGAUACCAUUUUUAUGUCUGCGUGCAGUUUGGAGGAAGUUGCUAACUAGCGUUAGCGCAAUGACUGGACGUCUAUGGCAACUUCUAGCAUGCUAGUAGAUACCAUAUACUUCCAGUCUUUAUGAAUGUUUCCUUCAUACUGGAUGCUGAGACACACAAAUGGUUCAUCUGACUGGGGAAGUAGAUAAAGGACUUCAUUGCCAAAAUCUCGAAGUAUCCCAUACAUUGACGCAGCAAUCAGGCUGCUUCCACCAGGUGACUAUGUCCUGUGACAACGAGCAACGAGACCAGUUGGACUUGAAGGAGAGAAUAUGUACCUUUUUAAAGGUGAAGAAAGAAGGAUCCACUGCCCUCCAGAUAGCUAAGGCUGUUGGACUGAGGAAGGCCAAGGAUGUAAACAGUGUCCUGUACACUUUAAACAGAGCUGGACAUCUUAAUGUAACAUCAGACAGUCCACCAGUCUGGUCUGUAGAGAACCCAGGGGUGGUGUCUGUCUCUGUGAGUCCUCCUGAGUCAGAUCGAGGGCCUAGUCCUCCUGAGUCAGAUCGAGGGCCUAGUCCUCCUGAGACCCCUGGCUUAUCAGUGGAGGUACUGAGGAGGUUGCUGACGUCGAAGAGUGAUGGAAGCGGGAUGAGUGCGCCACAAAUUGCCAGAGAAUUGGGCCAAUCACGAAAAGUAGUGAAUAAGCAACUUCAUGACCUGCGAAGAAGAGGCAAGGUGGAGAAGAUGGGAGAGAAAGUGUGGAUAAUUAAUGAUGAAGCAAGCUGUGGAGGACAGCUUAUUGAAUACCAGAGUGAUGAUCAAGAUAUUUCCAUCAGACUAACUAAAAGCUCCAGGUUUUCCAAAGAUUUCACAUUUCUUAGUGUGCUGGGUGCAGGAGGCUUUGGGUGUGUGACUAAAGCCCAGCACAAUGUGGACGGAAAAACGUAUGCCGUGAAGAUUGUGAAGGAUAUGGGAGAAGCCAAUCGGGAAGUGAAAGCGCUGGCUACCUUGGAACAUUCUAGCAUUGUUCGCUACUACUCGACUUGGUCUGAGGAUGCCAAUUGGGUCGACGGAAGCUACAGCACAGAGUCGUCAGUCCUGUCUAAAAUCUCAGAAGACUCUGACAAUUAUUCAGACCAGGGAGAUGGAUCUACACAUGUAACAAACCAAUCAGAUUUAGACCUGUCUGAUACAGCCAGUGAAGACCAAGCAAACCACUCAAUGACCGAUUCCAGCUCAAGAAAUGGGGACUGGCUUUGUUUGUUCAUUCAGAUGGAGUUCUGUGAGGGAGGGACACUGAAGGACUGGAUUAUCACAAAUAACGGUAGAAGUAAGGACAAGGCACUUGGAAUAUUUCAGCAAAUGCUGUGCGGAGUGGAAUACAUCCACUCCAAAGGACUUAUUCACAGAGACUUAAAGCCAGAGAACAUAUUGUUUGGAAGUGAUGGCAUGGUGAAGAUUGGAGACUUUGGUCUUGUGACUACUAUCACUACUCCGAGUGCAGCGUCAAUGUACCGGACCGUCAACAAAGGAACACCAUUAUACAUGAGCCCUGAGCAGAAGACUGGGGGGAAAUAUGAUGAGAAAACUGAUAUAUUCUCUCUGGGAAUGAUAUAUUUUGAACUCCUGUGGGACAUGUCCACUGUCUCGGAGAAGAUCAAGGUGUUCGAGAGCCUGCGGACACAGAUAUUUCCCUGUGACUUCUGUAAGAAGUUUUUCUUCGAGCAUAAACUCAUCAGUAAAAUGCUGUCAGAGUCACCUGCAAACCGACCAAACGCCAAAGAGAUUGCUGCAUUCCUGAAACGCUGCCUGCUCCAAAAUCAAACUGGACAACUACUGAAAACUGUAUGAAAUGUUGUAGGGUAGUGGCUUGAAAUGCUUGUGUAGAACACUGAGAGUAGAAUAGACGUGUCAUAUUCAAGACCGGGUUAGAGCUCAUAGUGACAGGCAUGUCUCAACUGAAGCAGCAAACUCUGUUUUUUUUUUCUACUGUACAGUUUCUCAAAUGUGAUAACUUUUUAAAAGUUGGUGAUUACAUAGAAUAGAGGGUAAAUUGUAAUAUUAAUAUUAUGUGUAGGAUUUUUCUAGGGGUCUACCACAUAAUUCUAAUGCUGAAACCAAGGUGUACUUUUUAAAAUUUUAUUUUUAUUUAACCUUUAUUUAACCAGUUAAGACCCAUUGAGGUUAAAAACCUAUUGUGGCUGGCAAGAAGGCAAAACAGGGAAAUAGCAUCGUGUAAAUAAAAUAUUACAGAAAAAUACAAAAGAUACACAAAAAACAAAGUGUCACAAGUUCCAGAAACAAUUUAAGAUUAGAAACAACUGGAGCUGUCACAAACAGUGUCGUCGAUCAGAGAAUUAAAAACAGGCAAGGACACUAACUUUUAUAUAUUUUGAAGCAUGUUCCAGGAUGAAGGGGCAUUAUGGGAAAAAUAUUGUUUCCCCAUCUCAGUUCUAGCCUAAGAAACAGACAAGGACAACAGCAACUGUGAACGAAGACUGUAUUGAGUGACUGAUCUGGUCAGUAAUCACAACAUGUACAGGGUUGAAAUGAUGUCAAUUUUAUUGUGAUAAUUUCUACUUCAUAACUUUCUACUUAUAACAAGGGCACAUUGACAGAAUCAUGGAGUUUAUUUAAAAGUAAAUGAAAACAUGCAACAUUGAAUGUUUUUACAGGAAAAUGGGUACUCAUAUGGUUUCUUCCUUCCUAAUGUCUUUUCAUAACUAUGCAACUUGUGGGCUUUUUUAAUUAACGUGAUUUAGAAUUAAAUGUUGCAAUCGCAUACUGUAUUAAGAGCUUAUUAAAUAAAUGUCCAACACCAA